AUGAUGCGAAUAGCGUCGUUCUACGACGGCCUGCUUCAGACCAAUCCAACGGGUACGCGGAUUGCGAGCAUCGCCAUCCUGAGCCUCGUCGCUGACCUACUCUCUCAGGCUGUGACCCGUGGUGCGUCCGUCAGCAUCGACGUUCGACAAGCUGCUGGAAGCUCUGUCACCGGACUCAUCUUCACGGGCCCCGUGCAAGUGCUGUCCUUCGUACUCCUGGACCGGCUCGUGGGAGACGGUGGCUUGACCGCUACGAUCGCCAAAGUACUACUCAAUCAGCUGUUCAUCAUUCCACUCAUCAUCCUGGGUUACAUCGCCGUGAACGGCGCUCUGAAAGGGCUGCCGUGGGCCGCCAUUCAGCACAUCAUCAGGACGAAGUACGUCUCGAUACUCAAGACGAGGCUGGUCUUCUGGCCGGCGGCCCAGGGACUGAUCUAUCAAUUCGUUCCCAAGGACUACCGCCCCCUGGCAAUGAGCGUGAUCGCCCUCUUCUGGAGCACCUACGUGUCCUGGAAGGCCAACGGCACCGCAGCUCCUUCCCAACUGUUGACGAAGGGCAGCGUCCAGAAGCAGCGCACACAAUGA